UUUGUGAGCACUUAUAUAGGGCUGUGUCUAUAUAAAUAAUUUGUGCUGCUCUUUUCAGUUGACAGAUACUGCCUUUGAUCAAAUUCUCUUGCAAAUUUUGCUGCAACCACUACAGGCAACUUUUCAUACUAGGAAAUGGAGUGGAUGGAUCCUAUUUCUGUGCUGUUCCUAUAUGCCCUUGUAGUUGUAGUCCUUUGGAAAAUGAGCAAUUUCUGGAAUAGCAGUCGUCAAAAUCUUCCACCAGGACCAAAGCCUUUACCACUAAUUGGAAACCUCCACAUAAUGGAUGUGAAGAGGCCUUACAGAACCAUGUUAAAGCUUUCUAAACAGUAUGGCCCAGUAUUCAGCUUACAAUUGGGGUUCCAGAAAAUGGUAGUUCUGUCGGGCUAUGAGACUGUAAAGGAGGCUUUGGUGAAACAUGCAAAUGCAUUUGCGGAGAGGCCCCCGGUCCCAAUACUUGAAGAGUUUCAAUAUGGCAAUGGAGUCCUUUUUUCUCAUGGUGAGAACUGGAAAGUGAUGCGCCGGUUUAUGCUAACCACAUUAAGGGACUAUGGAAUGGGCAGGAGGACCAUAGAGGACCGAAUUGUCGAAGAGUGCCGUUUCCUAAAACAGAAAAUUGAAUCUUUUGAAGGAAAACCAUUCGAGAAUACUAUGAUCAUGAACGCUGCUGUUGCCAACAUUGUCGUGUCCAUAUUGCUUGGCAACCGAUUUGAAUACGAAAAUCCCGCAUUUCAGAAACUACUGAAAUUGAUCAAUGAAGUCUUCCGGCUUCUUGGAAGUCCCUCAGUCACGCUGUAUAAUAUGUUUCCUGCUCUGGGCUUUCUUUCUGGUGGUCGCAGAACUAUCCUUAAUGACAGGACAGAGUUGUACAACUUUGUGCAGCUAAUCUUCGAUGAGCAUCGUAAGACAUUGGAUGUGAAUAAUCAGAGGAACUAUAUUGAUGCUUUUCUAACCCGGGAGCAGAAGGAGAAGAACGAGAACAACACUAAUGGAUUUUUCCAUGAUGGAAACCUAAAGGCUGUUGUGGGUGACAUAUUUAGUGCAGGCUCGGAGACCACUUCGAGUACCUUGCGUUGGGGCUUCUUGCUGAUGAUGAAGUACCCAGAAAUCCAGAAAAAAGUGCAAGAAGAAAUAACAAAGGUAAUUGGGUCUGCUGAGCCACGGAUUGAACACCGAGCCAAACUGCCGUACACCGAUGCAGUGGUUCAUGAAGUUCAGAGGUUUGCUAAUAUUCUCCCUACGAGCGUGACACGUUGCACCACUGUCGAUGUCACUCUUGGAGGCUACUUCAUUCCAAAGGGAACACAUAUUGUUCCAUUAGUGUACUCCGUGCUGUAUGAUGAAACUCAGUGGGAAAAACCUUAUCAAUUCUAUCCUGAGCAUUUCCUUGAUUCUGAAGGAAAGUUCGUAAAGAGAGAUGCCUUCAUUCCAUUCGGUGCAGGUCGGCGAAUCUGUGCUGGUGAGACCCUUGCCAGAAUGGAGCUCUUCCUGUUCUUUGUAAGUCUCCUGCAGAGAUUCACUUUCCAGCCUGCCCCUGGGACGUCUCAAGAAGACCUCAAUUUUACCCCUGCCGUUGGGUUUACUGCGCCUCCGACACCCUACUAUAUCUGUGCUUUGCCACGUGCACAAGACUGAUGCUCCCAUCUUACUUAGCUGCCACAACUGACCCUCUUGUUACAUAGCACAACACCAGCCUUUCCUGCCUGCCAUUUUAGAGCAGUAGACUCCUGACAAAAUUGUUCCAUGCUUUGUCACAAAUCUGCAACUUCUGACCCCAGCCACUGAGAAUCAAGCCUAUGCUUGUCUUCACAGCCUCAGUCCCCUCAACUGUCCAGGCCCAGUCUGGUCUCACUAAGCUGUGAGUGAAUAGAAGAGGGAACUGAGUUCUGGAAGACUGCCUGGCACAGACAGUGGGCAUGCUUGUUGUUUUAUGUGCUACUCUGCAUGAACAACAGGAUUUGAGUUCAGGGGCACCUUAGAGGCCAACAUAAUAUUCAGAGGGCAACAUUUGAGAGUCAGAGCACCCUUCUCUCCAUCUGAGGAAAGUAAAAUCUUAUUGGCCUCUAAGCUGCCACCGGACUCAAAUCCUACAAUUCUACUGCAGACCAACAUGGCUACCCACCUAAAACUAUGUAUGAAUGGUUGCUGUUGUUGUUUUUGUUAAUUGGGAUUAUUCUUUCCAUCCUCCAAAACACAAAAGAACCUGGCACAAUUUCAGAUUCUUUUGUUACAUAUGAGAAAAAUCAUACUACAGACUCUACAACUGGACAAUAAGUUCCUGUUCUACACCAGUAAGAAUCUAAUAAGGAACAGCAGACAUCCUACUGUGAGGCUUUUCACUUCCACAUAGAUGGAGAACAUUUUGAAUCUUCCCUUUACAUACUGUGAGUCAUUGACAGGUUUUCAACAAUAUCAAUACGCUGAGACAGUGAAUCUGUAAGGCUGUCUAUUUGGGGAGGGAAGUGUAAUUUAAGCUGCUGUCUCAAAUACUUAAACCCUCUUCAUCAGAUAGCAGUUUCAGCAUAUUUGAACUUCGGAAACUGUACUAGGUCUAUUAUCAAGAAUCCCUUCAGAGCACCAUUUCACAUCUAAGAUUGGCCUUUUUGUUCACUUUAGUGAAUAUUUCUAAAUCUUAUUGAAUACAAUAAGAAUACAAUAAUAUGAGUAUUAGCUUUACAUAAGCCAAUUGUUUUUAGAUAGCUUGAACACAACCAAGCCUGUACUGGUUAUUAGCCAAAGCAGACACUAGGGUGGCCCCAAAUGUUAAACUUUGCUGCUGUUCCCUUAUUAGGGAAAAAAACACCCUUACUGUUAGGGAAAUUUUUUUCAUAGUAUUCUGCUACCAAUUAUAAACUUCCCUUCUACCACUUACCCAAAUAUAAUCCAAGACACCAAACACAGUGAUACAAAGAAAUAUGAGCUUUAUUGUUACACAAAACUCAGAUGCUUGAGGUUCCCAGGGCCUGAUGCGUACUGAGCUACUAUCUUUACGCUUAAACACUUUAAUGCUAAAUUGUUUACAGAACAAAAUGAAUCAAAAGAUCAAAAAGGUUAUUACAAACAGUUUACUUAGAAUUCAUCUUACAGAGAAUGAUGGCACCAUUACUUUGAGCAACAAUAUACUAUCAAAAUACUUAAUACAAAUAAGAAUAGUUUCUGGCUCCUUUUGGCAAGGCCAGAACAUAAACAUUCUGCAAUAUGAAGUGUCCAAGGCUGAUUGUGGAAUCCUUAUUCUAGACAAAAAUUGCUUAUAGUUAUGUAUUUACAAAAUUGUGUAAUGUCAUACUGACCCGCAGCAUAGCAACAAUCACAACAAAAGACAUGUAAAGUGCUGUGUAGGUGUUUUCCAUAACAUUCACAUGCCAGGCAAAGUUUCUUGCUCACAAAACUAAAAUGUAAGGGGUCUUUAUAAAAAAAUCUCUAACACACUACAAAUACUUUUUAUUAGAACCAACUGAAAGUAUCAAAGAAGUGACCAAGCUUCCAAGCUGCCAAAACAUUUAUCGUUUUUCUCAUGGUGUUUCUGAGCAAUAUGUUAGGUUUCAUACAAAGUGUAAAGAACCUCCCUCUCUGCUUAGAUAUAUUGCAGUUCUCUAACUGAAUCUUAUUAUUUCUUUGUUAAUAUUAUAUUUGAAAACUGGUAGUCUAUUAUAAGCUAUCUGUUUUUUCUUGAAUUAUAGUUGACAUUAACAUUGUGUAAUUUGUUUUCUUGUUUAUGCAUUGUAUGUUGUUUUUAAAGUUAAUAAAAAGUUUUUAAAAAAUUUUUUUUAAAAAAGCUUCUAAGCUGGGAUGGGUUUUAAUUAGAACAGGCCUUGCUCAGUGCCAAAAGAUUUCAGGUUAAACCACAGGAUACAGAGAGACCAACACACAGUUGGCUUUCCCUUCGAAAAUAUGGGCACCGCUGGAUAUUUUGCCAUAGCUGGCAUUGACAGGCCUUGGCUUUUCUAAAAAUAUAUAUAGAUUAUAUGAUGCUUAAAGCAUUUACAAUGUUUAUGUUUAGGGGUUAUAGGAUAAAUAUGGAAACGUGACCAUAAAGUAUACAGAUAUGCAAAUCAAGGGUCCCGUAAUUAGUUGAAUAAGACAUUUUGUAUGAAUUAUCUUAAUAUAUUUGCCUUUAUCUUGCCAUGUCUCUAGAACAGUCACCCAAUUUGACAGAGUAUUAUUGACUGUUUUAAUGUAUAUUACUGAUUUCUCCAGCUCUCUUUGGGUUUGAUUCCCACUCUUCACUGCAUGGCAUUUUCAGCCCAGUGCUCAGCCAGUCCUUCAAUACAAACUUUUCAGCAGUCGGGGUCCUACUGGGAGAAGGGAAUGUGGGAAAAAUCUACACCCAUAAGCUUGCUAUUGGGUUGAAACCUAUGAACCAUCAGUGCAAAUGUGUGUUUCCUAGGUUCCACUCCUUUCGCAUACAACAAACCAGGGCUUUUUUUCUGGGAAAAGAGGUGGCGGAACUCAGUGGGUUGC